UCGAUUGUUCCUUAUUUCAGUUGUUCCUUUUCUUCUCAUUGAAAAUUCAUAAUCAGCUCCGUAUUUCUUUCUUGACUAAAGCUUCGUUUCUUCUCAGAAGAAGCUAAGUUCAGAGGACCCAGAUUAAGUUGUAAAAAUCUCAUCUUUAUGCUUGAUCAUAACUGGGUAGGAUCUGGUUCGUCAUAAUUCGCAAUAAAGAUUUGAUUUUUGUUGUGAAUUUGUGAGGCUCUGGUAGUUGGGAAGCCCGGGGCUGUUUUUGCGGUCUGGGUAGUUUUGUUUGAUUGGGGAAGAGUGAGAGACUGAGAGAGAGUAAAGAUGAGGGGAAAGUUAGGGCUUAUAGUGUGUUUGUUGUGGUUUCUUCUGUGUGGGUCAAGUUUGGGGAGAUUUGUAGUGGAGAAGAACAGCCUGAAAGUGACAUCGCCGGAGUCUAUCAAGGAUUUGUACGAGUGUGCAAUUGGGAAUUUUGGGAUUCCUCAGUAUGGAGGGAGCAUGGUGGGCACUGUGGUGUACCCAAAGGCCAAUCAGAAGGCAUGCAAGAGCUUCGAUGAUUUUGAUGUCUCCUUCAAAUCUAAGCCCGGGGGCAUGCCUAUCUUUGUUGUUGUGGAUCGAGGAGAAUGCUACUUCACUCUAAAGGCUUGGAAUGCUCAGAGAGCUGGAGCUGCUGCAAUUCUUGUUGCUGAUGAUAGGGUUGAGCCUUUGAUCACAAUGGAUUCCCCUGAGGAAGAAGAUGCCCAGGCAGAUUAUCUACAGAACAUAACUAUCCCAUCUGCACUUAUUAGCAAGUCUCUUGGGGAUAAAAUUAAGAAAGAAGAAUCUAAAGGGGAAAUGGUUGUCAUAAGUCUUGAUUGGAGGGAGGCUCUUCCCCAUCCUGAUGAGAGAGUUGAGUAUGAGUUUUGGACAAACACUAAUGAUGAGUGUGGGCCUAAGUGUGAGAGCCAGAUAGAGUUUGUUAAGAAUUUUAAAGGAGCUGCCCAGAUACUUGAGAAGAAAGGGUAUACUCAGUUCACUCCACAUUACAUAACUUGGUACUGCCCAGAGGCUUUUACUUUGAGCAAACAAUGCAAAUCUCAGUGCAUUAACCAUGGAAGAUACUGUGCUCCAGACCCCGAGCAAGACUUUAGUCGAGGAUAUGAUGGGAAAGAUGUUGUUUUGCAAAAUUUACGCCAAGCGUGCUUCUUUAAGGUGGCAAAUGAUAGUGGGAAGCCGUGGCUUUGGUGGGAUUAUGUUACUGAUUUUUCAAUCCGCUGCCCAAUGAAAGACAAGAAGUACACUGAAGAGUGUGCUAAUGAAGUGAUACGAGCACUUGGCAUUGAUGUUAAACAGAUAGACAAGUGUAUUGGGGAUCCCGGGGCAAAUGUUGACAACCCUAUUCUAAAGGCUGAACAGGAAGCACAGAUAGGCAAAGGUGCUCGUGGAGAUGUAACUAUAUUGCCAACUCUUGUUAUAAACAACCGACAGUACAGAGGGAAGCUGGACAAAGGAGCAGUUCUCAAAGCUAUCUGCUCGGGAUUUGAGGAGACAACGGAGCCUGCAAUUUGCUUAACUGAUGAUAUACAAACAAAUGAGUGCUUAGAGAACAAUGGUGGGUGCUGGAAGGAUACGUCUGCUAAUAUUACAGCAUGCAGGGACACUUUCCGUGGCCGGGUAUGUGAAUGCCCUACUGUGCAAGGUGUAAGAUUUGUUGGUGAUGGCUAUACUCAUUGUGAAGCAUCUGGAGCACUGCGAUGCGCUGUUAAUAACGGAGGCUGUUGGAAGCACACUAAGGAUGGCAUAACAUAUUCUGCUUGCGUUGAUGACCACACAAAAGGUUGCUACUGCCCCCCUGGAUUUAAGGGCGACGGGAUUACUCAUUGUGAAGAUAUUGAUGAAUGCAAGGAGAGAAUAGCAUGCCAAUGUCCUGAGUGCAAAUGCAAGAACACAUGGGGUAGUUACGAAUGCAGUUGCCAUGGCAAUUUAUUGUACAUGCAUGAGCACGACACAUGUAUAAGUAAAGCUGGAAAAGGAGAGUUUAGCUGGGGCUUUGUUUGGGUUAUCAUCCUCGGAUUGGCUGCUACCGGAGUUGCAGGAUAUGCUGUGUACAAGUACAGAAUUCGGAGGUACAUGGAUUCAGAGAUCCGCGCAAUCAUGGCGCAGUACAUGCCCUUGGACAACCAAGGGGAGAUCCCUAAUCACGUCUCUCAUGGAAACGUCUGAGCAUCGAGCUAUCAUAGACUGGCGGGCAGGCUGGCAUUAGCGUAAAGAAACCUCCAUUGCAGAUGAAGAACCAAAACCCUUACAACUUAGCUUAAUCUCGUUUUACCCAAUGCCACCGCCUUCUCGAAGGCCUGUUUCUCUUGUUUAAUCGAGAAAGAUGCUAAGCAAAUGUGUAUAUUCCUUAGGACAUGCAUAAAACUUUGCUGUAAGGUAGGAAAUUUUCAUGUGUGGUUUUUGCACUGUGCUUUUAACUUAUAAGAAAUACUUCAUUUGCUCUUUUGGUUUUACA